UUCAUGUGCCAGUAAAGAAACGAAUAUAAUUUAAAAAUGCAGCAUUGUUAUCUAAAAUUAUCUCGUAUAAAGAAUGUAUAUAAGUUAUGUAUUAGAAACUAUUAUGUUAUUGAUGAAAUGGUUAAAUUGAAGACAACUGAUUUAGAUGACUUAUUAGAUCUUAAAGUUAGAAAAUUAAAAGACAAAUUAUUAUAUAGUGAUUAUAUUGAGAGUAAAAGAUUGAAAUUAGGAUACAAGAAAAAUAUAGAAAUAAAAGUAAAAUUAAAACAGAAAUUUGAAUAUGAAAAAAGGGAAUUAAAUUUAAAUAAUAAGCCAUUAAGUAUUGCUUUGAAAUAUUUAGAUAAUGAUCAAGAAAAAAUAUAUGUACAGUCUGAAAAUUGUAGCUUGGAUGAGAAAGACGAAUUGGAACAAGAUGCAAAGCCAAUUAACAUGCCAUAUGCAGCCAUUGAUAAAUAUAAAAAAGUGCCUCAAUAUGAAAAGUUUAAUCAUAUAAGCAACGAUGUAAUGCCAGAAAUAAAUGAAAAAUAUAGGAUUUUAUAUGAAAAGUAUUUAGAAUAUUCAAAGUCAAGUGAGGUUAUUAAUAAUGAAAUUAUGGAUAGUAAAUUCAGAAUACGAUUAGAAGAUGAUUUCUCAAAAGUGUCGAAAAAUUGGAUGACUGAUUAUGAAUUUUAUGACGAUAUAUUGGAGGAAGACUUAGGGGAUGUAAUAUAUGGAACUCCAGAUGUAGAUACCGAAGUAAGCUCCAUUCCUUGCGGUGGUUGUGGUUCAUUAUUACAUUGUAAAGAUGUUGCACUUCCAGGCUACUUGCCUUCGGAAUUGUUUUUAAAUAAAAGUAACUCUGAUUUACAAUCCAUUAUUUGCCAGAGAUGCCAUUUUAUGAAAUAUUAUGAUACAUGCUUAGAUGUCAGAGUCUCUGCAGACGAAUAUCCAAAAUUAUUAGAGCAAAUAAAUGAUAAUCCAAAAGCUUGGAUAUUAUUGUUAAUAGAUCUUACCGACUUUCCAUGUAGUAUUUGGCCACAUUUACCAUUACUUUUAGGCAAAAAACGGUCUGUUAUCAUUGUGGGUAAUAAGGUAGAUUUAUUGCCAACGGAUUCUCCAUAUUUUUUAGAGAACGUAACGGACUGCUUGACCGAAUCAUUAAUUAAAACUGGAGUAAAUAAAAUAAAUAUUAAACAUAUUGCUCUAAUAUCAGCAAAGAGUGGAUAUGGUGUAGAAAACUUAAUAAAUAAAUUACAUAGUUUAUGGAAAUAUAAAAGUGACGUAUAUUUAAUUGGUUGUACAAAUUCGGGAAAAUCAACCCUCUUCAAUACUCUUCUGCAGUCUGAUUUUUGUAAAUCACAAGCUGUAGACAUAGUACAACGUGCGACAACUUCUCAAUGGCCAGGCACAACAUUAAAUAUGUUGAAAUUUCCAAUUUUAAAACCUGCUUCAUGGAGACUAUAUUUGAGAUUAAAAAGAUUACAGAACGAAAAGAAAUAUAAUCAUGCAGAAGCUUAUCUAAGAAAUCAAGAAUUUAGAAGAACAAAAAAUAUUGAAUUAGCUACACUUCAGAAUCGUAUAAAUCAUACUUUCAAAAGAAAUUAUGAUUUUGGAAAAGCUCUAGAGAACGAACCAGAUGGUGAUAUUAUUUAUUUAAAUAAUAAAAAUAAAAUUGGACUAGACGAGACAUCAAAAGAUUAUCAAUUUAGCCGUUGGUGCUAUGAUACUCCUGGGGUCAACCAACCAGAUCAAAUUUUACAAUUUUUAACAACAAACGAGCUUUUUAAUACACUACCUAAUAGAAUUAUAUCUCCAAAGACAUUUUGUAUUUGGCCCGAAGAAACGAUCUUUAUAGGUGGAUUAGGGAGAUUAGAUAUUUUAAGUGUACCUGGUUUUAUAAGAUGCACAAUAUUUGCAAGUAAUAAUUUGCCAAUAACAAUCUGUAAAGUCAAGGAUGCAGAACUUGUUUAUAAUGAAUUAUUACAAACAGAAGCAUUUGUUGUACCAGAUAGUAAUCCCAAUAGAUUAAAAAUGUGGCCUGAAUUAAAAUCCAAAGAUUUUAAAACAAUUGGUAUCGGAGAAUCCACGUCUGCAUCAGAUGUUGUAUUAUCUAAUGCUGGCUGGAUAGCAAUAACUGCAAAUACAGAUUACGAAGUUAACAUGAGGGCGUGGACACCAGAAGGUCGUGGAAUUUAUUUACGGAAUCCACCUCUUUUAUCGAAAUCUGUUACAUUACGUGGAAUGCGAAUCUCCGGAAGUCGAGCUUAUAAACGUGGAAAACAGGUUCAUUAUUUUCAAAAGUUUUAGAAUACUUUAUUUCACAAAUUCAACGUUGUAUAGUAAAAGUAAUAUGUACAAGAGUACACGAA